UUGAAACGGUUAGUCAAGAACCUGAGAAAAUGGCCGACCGUCGAUCUUCCCUAACCGUCAUUAUCUUCAACGAAACUCAGAUCAAGCCUCGGAGAUGACCAUAAUCGAUCCUAAAUGGAUCUUCUCAAAGAAGAGCUUCUCAAGAAACGGAAAAGUUUAGCUCAGGAUACUGGCGGAAAGCGCGUAUUCAAACGCUCCGAGAUAGAACAAAAGCAAAUCCAAAAGCUUCGCGAGCAAGAAAAACGCGAACUCGAAGCGAAAUCUCACCGCCAAUCCACUGCACCCCCCUCCAAUGUCAGCGAUACUUCCGCCAAACCUAACCCGUCCGCUCCCAGCACGGCAUCCACAAUUGCAACUUCCACCGCCGGUUCCUCCAAAUCCCUCACCGAUGAACAAAACAUUGACAACCUCGACCUCCCAAGGCAAGAAGUCAUCCGCCGCCUUCGCUUCCUCAAACAGCCUAUUACGCUCUUCGGCGAAGAUGACGCAGCUCGUCUCGAAAGGUUAAAAUACGUCUUAAAAGCGGGUAUUUUCGAGGUCGACAGCGACAUGACCGACGGUCAAACCAAUGACUUCUUAAGAGACAUUGCCGAGCUGCGGAAGCGGCAGAAGACGGGGAUUUUGAGCGAUAGGAAGAGAAAGGAUAGGGAAGAAGGGGAAGGAGGAGGAGAGGAUAGGGAAGAAGAAGGGGGAGGAGGAGGAGGAGAGUUGAGUGGUGAUGGUGGGUCCAGCGGAGUCGAUAUGGAUAAGGAUUUGAAGAGAAUGAAGGUGAAUUUCGAUGAGCUGUGUGAUGAAGAUAAGAUUCUGGUGUUUUUCAAGAGGUUGUUGAAUGAGUGGAAACAGGAGCUGGAUGAGAUGGGUGAGGCUGAAAAGAGAACGGCAAAAGGGAAGUCCAUGGUAGCCACGUUUAAGCAGUGCGCUCGUUACUUGAAUCCAUUGUUCAAGUUCUGUAGGAAGAAGGUGCUUCCUGAUGAUAUCCGUCAAGCAUUGUUGGUGGUGGUCGAAUGCUGCAUGAAGAGGGACUACCUGGCUGCCAUGGACCAUUACAUUAAGAUGGCUAUCGGUAAUGCACCCUGGCCAAUCGGUGUCACCAUGGUUGGUAUCCAUGAACGUUCAGCUCGUGAGAAGAUCUAUACCAAUAGUGUUGCCCACAUAAUGAACGAUGAGACUACUCGCAAAUACUUGCAAUCAGUGAAAAGGCUAAUGACCUUUUGCCAACGACGAUAUCCUACCCUUCCAUCUAAAGCAGUUGAGUUCAACAGCUUGGCUAAUGGUAGUGAUUUACAGUCAUUGCUAGCAGAAGAGAGGGAUUCCGGGGUUAGUUCCUCAGAUGACAAGCUUAGGUUAAUGCCCACUCCAACGGACACCUGAUUAUCUUCUUAUUUUUCCUGGGGUUUUAAAUUGCUAUAUUAUUCCCGAGAAGUUGAUUAUGUUGGAGGAAAUAUGUCCAGAAAAGCAAAGAGAAGAUCUGCAAGCUGACGCUUAUCUCGUCAUUAUAAAAUGAGGUAUAAGUUCUCAUUAACUGAUAUAUACAUACACUAUUGGUGUGUUUGGUAAGAUGGAUAGCAUUGGAUUGAUUGGAUUAGGUCAUCUUAUGGUUGGUGUGUGGGCAAAGCCUAAAGCUUGGAUGAUUUUUGUUUUCAUUCUGUUCCUUAUGGACAAAAUUAAGAGUAAGAGUGAGAUAAAAUGAUUGUUUAAUUGAUUUUUAUAAAAUAAAAAAAACUAUUUUAGAAAAUUCAUUUAAUUUUUAGAAAAUACUUUUAAGUGAAGAAUAAAUUAUUCUGUUCUUUCUAUGUCUCAUUUUCUUCUCUUUUAGCAGCAAAAGAAUUAACGGAAGAAAAAAUUAUUUUGAAAAGAGAGAAUUUAAUAAAAUUUAAUAAAUUAUGAUUAAAUUUAAAUAUGUUUUUAAAAAUAUUGCUUUUAUUUUUAAUAAAAUUGAUUUUUCAAAAGGUUUGCUGUCAAAGCAAUUCUUUUCUUUAUUCAAAAGAAAAGUAAAAGAAGGAAAAAGAAAGGCUUUAACAGUAAAAUAGUCUUUGAAGUAUACUCUGAUUACCAGAUUAACCUUUAAUGUUUUUCUUUAUGGGUUUUUUUUGUCAUAAGUAGUUCCUAAUGUUUUAUUCCGUCUAAUGUUUUAUUCCGUCCCAUAUUUUUGACCUUGAACUAUAAUUUUAUUAGAAAACACAUGGUACACGGAAAAAAAUUUUAAUUAAAUUCUUUCUUUUUUCAUUUUCUUCCUCCUCUCUCUCUCCCAAUUGUAUAUGCUGCUGGAAAAUAAUUCAAAAUAUCAUUUCCUAGUUGUUUUGGUUUAAAUAAGUUUUUUGGCAUGUGAGUUGGAGUCAAAAUAGUUUGUUGUUUGUUCCUUUAUUUAUGUUAGAUUCAAAUCUUUGUGGGUUAGUGGUUUGUGUAGUUGGAGAUGUGGCUGAAAUUGUUUAGACUGUAAGGCAAUAUCUUUCCACUGUUUAAUAUAUCCUCCUUUGACUUUUUUUCUCUGUUUAAUAUAUCCUCCUUUGACUUUUUUUUUUACUUCUUUUGGCUCUGUUUUUUCAGUAUUAAAAGAUCUUUUUUAGCAUUUUGGUAUCAGAGCAUAUUCAAUAUUUGAAGUUUUAAGGGGAAACAUUUUAUUUGCUGUCAUACAAAUAUUGACUGAAACCUGACCUGUUUUUUUCUCUUAGUAACACACUUUCCAUCAUCAAACAAGAUAGAGAUCCACUAUCCAACAGUUGUCUGACACUAAGCAAGUUAUGUGCCAAACUACAGCAAAUAAAACAUUUUAAGUGAGUUUUAUUUUGCCUUGACUAGUUUGGACAGCAACUGUUCCUUCGCCUUCCACUUGUAUCUGCUUGUUAUCACCAAGGCAAAAUUUUCUUCUUUUUCGUCUUGUCCAAUUCCUUAAAAACGGACUUGAUGAGAACAACCACUAUCCACGAACCAAACACCAGCUUCUUUUUCAGCAACUACAGAAACAACGUACUUUCCUCUUCUUCUUUCUCUGCAUAACUAGCGCAAUUAUUCUUAGACCAACAAUUUGCUUCAAUGUGUCUAAAUCUGCGACAAUGAUGGCAUUGUACCCUGCCACGACUAUUUUUCCGUUUGUAUUGGCUUCUACCUCUACCAUGUCCCCUACCUCUAAAAGUAACUCUUUCAUAUCCCGGAGUACCCUGCUCAAGUUUUUCAUUUGAAGGAAGAAUCGAACUGUAGUAGAGAUGGCCCAAAGCAUGUUGAAAAGCCAAGACCUUCAGAUCAACUUCGGGCAAAGGCUGUUCGUACUGCAGUUUACUUGUGCAGUUUACUUGCUGAAUAUUUCUUCUACUAGAGCAAUCUUGAACCGAACACCUUUUGAAGCUUGGAUAGGUAGAAGGCCAUUGAUGAGGCAUUUGAGAAUUCUUGGUUGCAUUGCAUUUACUCUAGUGAAUUGUCAAUAGUUUCAUAAGCUUGAUAAAGGGUCUGAAAAGUGUAUCUUUGUUGGAUAUUGUUCACAAUCCAAUCCAAAGCUUUUAGACCGUGUAAUCCCAUAAAUGGGAAAAUCAUUAUCAGAAGAGAUGUGGAAUUUGGUAAAGAAUCAUGCUGGAAAUGGGAAAGCAGACAGGAAGUCUUAGAAGAAGAUCCGUUGUCCAUUCUUAAAACAUCUCAUUUUAAUGUUAAUGGUACCAGACUCAGAAGAUUCAAAUGACACUCCACGUGGGUUCAGCUCACUUGACGAAAUUUAUGAAAUAUGUACUUUUGCUCUAUUUGGUUAGAUCCUACUUACUUUGAGGAAGCUGCGGCAAAAAAGAGAGUGGAGAAAUGCUAUGGAAGAAGAGCUUGCAUCUGUGGGCAAAAAUAGUAAAAUGUUAUUUCCUUGGAAUUAGAGUGAAACUAGGGAAAGAUGGAAUUUUGAUCUCGCAAAGGAACUAUGUUGUUGAUCUUUGGAAAAAGUUUAUGUUUAGUUGCAAGGUUGUUGGUACUCCAAUGAAUGUGAAUGAAAAAUUACAGCUUGAAGAUGGUACUGAGAAGUCUGAUGGUAGAUAUUUCGAAGCUUAGUUGGAGGGUUGAUCUACUUGACUCAGACACGUCCAAAUAUAGUUUUCUCAGUUGGAGUCAUUUCAAGAUUCAUGCACAGCCCCCACGAAGCAUCAUCUUGGAGCAGCUAAUAGAAUCUCGCGUUAUAUUGCUCGAACUACAACUUUUGGGCUGUGGUACUCACAUAAUCCUAAUUUCAUUUUAUGUGGUUUUACUGAUAGUGAUUGGGCAGGAGCCUUGGAUUAUAGAAAAGGUCUCUGAAAACUUCUUUAUUCUUGGAUCAGCAGCUAUUUCUUGGAGCUAUAAAAAACAACUAACGGUUGCAAUGUCAUCAUCUAAAGCCGAGUAUGUUGCAGCGGCAUCCUCAGCAUGUCAAACAUUGUGGUUGAGAAAAUUGCUUGCUGACCUUCACCAAGAGCAAAAAGGAGCAACGGCAAUUUUCCGUGACAAUUUAUCAGCAACAGCAAUGACAAAAAAUCCAGUUUCCCCUGGAAGGUCAAAGCUCAUAGAGAUUCGGUAUUAUCUUAACCAAGAGCUGGUUGCAAAAGGAUUGAUCAAGUUGAAGCACUGCAACACUGAAGAACAAGCAGUAUAUAUACUUAACAAAGCACUUCUUAAAGCAAAAACACAACUACUUCGUGCUUGGUCUUGGUGUUUGUGAUUUUGAAUUAAGGGGGUGCCGGAAAAUAAUUCAAAAUAUUAUUUGUAGUUGUUUUGGUUUAAAUAAGUCUUUUGACAUGUGAGUUGAAAGAGUCGAAAUAGUUUGUUUGUUUAUUCCUUUAUUUAUGUUAGAUUCAAAUCUUUUUGGGUUAGUGGUUAGUCAUGGCAAGUCUAGCGGGAGAUGUGGCUGAAAUUGUUUGGACUGUAAGGCAACAUCUUUUCACUGUUCAAUAUAUCCUCCUUUGACAGUGUUCUCUGCUCUAUAUUUUCGGUUUUAAAAGAUCUUUUUGAGCAUAUGCUUCCUGCCUUGAUGGAUCAUCAGUAGUGCUUAGCCUUGAUUUAAUGGAUAAGAAAAAUUUGCAGAUUGUAUAGCCUACGCAGAGGGCUGCUUGUCUAACUUGUCGGCUUGUAUUUGCCGUAAUUUGUAACUACUGAAUGAUAAAUGCUUUUCGUGAUAA